AUGAAGAUCUUCACUAUCCUCUCUGCGGCCAUCUUCGCGACUUCCGUGGUUGCAAUCCCCGCGACGAACCCUCUCCGAGCCAGAGAAGCUAGCACGCUUCAGGCCAGAGAGAGCGACUGCAGCUGGUGUUGCCGCAGAAACAAUACCGUCAUCUGCGGUAGCAUCAAAGAUUGUGUGUGUGAUGACGGUCCUGAUGAUGAUGGAAAUGACGAUGAAGAUGAUGACGGUGAUGAUGAAUGA